CUUGGGUUAUUUGGGCAACAGAGUUGGACGGAACUGCCGGCACCGAUAGCAACGCGUCGCAAGUGUGUUCCGACGUCUGCCAGUCUCUGCCGGAAGGUGCCUAGCCGGUUUCCUGCCGGUUUUGUGGCAUACAUCGUAGAUAAUUUAAUAUAGCUUUCAUAUGACAGUCCGAGGUAUUUAGCAUCUCCUAUAGCAGGUUAGCAAUGGACCACGGAAAGUGACCGGGCGAUGUUGCCGUGGGAGUGCACUAUGCAUUGCUAAUUAUUCACUGACACCAGCCAGCCAGCAGCCAUGGACAGCCAGGGCCGCAAGGUGAUCGUGUGCGACAACGGCACUGGCUUCGUCAAGUGCGGCUACGCGGGCGCCAACUUCCCGGCGCACAUCUUCCCGUCGAUCGUCGGCCGGCCAAUCAUCCGCGCCGAGAACAAGAUCGAGGGCAUCGAGGUCAAGGACCUGAUGGUGGGCGACGAGGCCAGCCAGCUGCGCUCCAUGCUGCAGGUCAGCUACCCCAUGGAGAACGGCAUCGUCCGCAACUGGGACGACAUGUUGCACGUCUGGGACUACACGUUCGGCGCCGAGAAGAUGAAUAUCCAGCCGCGCGAGUGCAAAGUGAUGCUGACCGAGCCGCCGAUGAACCCCGUGAGCAACCGCGAGCGCAUGGUGGAGGUGAUGUUCGAGAAGUACGGCUUCGCCGGCGCCUACGUGGCCAUCCAGGCGGUGCUGACGCUGUACGCGCAGGGCCUGCUGACGGGCGUGGUGGUGGACUCGGGCGACGGCGUGACGCACGUGUGCCCCGUGUACGAGGGCUUCGCGCUGCCGCAUCUGACGCGCCGACUUGACAUCGCCGGUCGCGACAUCACUCGCUACAUGAUCAAGCUGCUGCUGCUGCGCGGCUACGCCUUCAACCAUUCGGCCGACUUCGAGACGGUACGCAUGAUGAAGGAGAAGCUCUGCUACGUCGGUUACAACGUGGAGCAGGAGCAGCGGCUGGCGCUGGAGACGACCGUGCUGGUCGAGUCGUACACGCUGCCCGACGGGCGUGUCAUCAAGGUCGGCGGCGAGCGCUUCGAGGCACCCGAGGCGCUCUUCCAGCCGCACCUCAUUAACGUCGAGGGCAACGGGAUCGCCGAGCUGGUGUUCGGCACCAUCCAGACGGCCGACAUCGACAUCCGGCCCGAGAUGUACAAGCACAUCGUGCUGUCGGGCGGCUCCACCAUGUACCCGGGCCUGCCGUCGCGGCUGGAGCGCGAGAUCAAGCAGCUCUACCUGGAGCGCGUGCUGCGCGGCGAUGCCGAGAAGCUGGCCAAGUUCAAGAUCCGCAUCGAGGACCCGCCGCGCCGCAAGGACAUGGUCUUCAUCGGCGGCUCGGUGCUCGCCGACGUAAUGAAGGACAAGGAGAACUUCUGGAUCACGCGCGAGGAGUACGCUGAGAAGGGGCUGCGCGUGCUCGACAAGCUGGGCAUGCGCGUCAGCUAAGGCUCAGGUGCGGGGGGCCGACCGGCACUGGCCAAUUACGCCGCGGUUCUGAACAAAUAGGUGCCGAAGGGAGGUCGGAGGUCGGAUGCGGCGGUUAAACGCUCAUAGGCCGUAAAACGGAAAAGAGAGCCGAGCUUGAACGCUUUGAGUACCUUGGAUGAUUUUUAGAUGAACUGAAAUUUGGCAUGGCUGAUAUUGGCGCGUUGAAAUUGAAUUAACUAGCUUUUCCCUGCGCAUUUUCACGUCCGUUUUUGCUGGUGCCUUCGCACAGGCAUUCAAAUAUGUCCGAGAAGAUCGCGCCUUGCACAAAUGAAGCAACCCAUUGUUAUCCAGACCAAGUUACGCUACGCUACGUUAAGCUAUUUAAGUGGAAGGGCAGGAACAGCUCGAAGCCUUGUGGGACCGAAGCACAGUAAUUCUCGCCCAGAUCAUAGGCUCCAGUGAUACAGUUCCAUGGAGGGACGAUUUGGGCGGCAAUGCACCGCGAAAGCUGCCCGGUAAAAGGUUGCAGACUAUGUACGGAUCAGUCGUUGUAAAGCAUGCUAGUUGAAUGCGGUAAUCGCCAAGGUUAUUGUGAUUUUGAUAUCUGCGCGCCAGCCAAUUGAACGGCUGAUCGCCGCGUUUACGCGAACAGCCACCUACCGCCGCCACGGCUUCGUAUUCUGAACCGUGCGUGUGUGUUUGUGCGCGCGAUGAUUCGGCUUGCGCUUCUAUCGGAGCGGUGCGAGUGAUGUGGGCGGACUGGGACAGCACGGCGCCACUCCAUUCCAGUUCCCGGACGCGCCGAACGCCCGCCUUCCCACAGCUGCCGCCUCCGGGCAGCGCUGCCCCUCAGAUCUUAUAAUAAACACGUUGUUUCUGAA